AUGGAGACUUCCCAGCCUCAAAUGCAGGGCCGGGGCUCUUCUGGUCACCUGAAAACGCUUGAUGAUGCCUGCCAGAUGCCAUCUCCUGGCCAGGUCCAUGUUGGACGACGCUGCAUUAUUGUGAGUUUUGAACUAUUGAGAGUAUUUCUUUUAUCGAUUGACAAAUCGUCCAGACGUUAUCUCCGAGCGAGAAGCUUUCAAGUUGAGGCUGCGUUUGAGCAGUUUGACUUCUGUAUGAAAUGGCGUAAGGAAAUUGGAAUCGAAGAGUUUUAUGAUAACCUGGAAGUCGGAAGCUAUGAAGAAUCACGAAAAAUGUACCCACAAUGGAUUGGACGACGCGAUCUUGACGGGCGGCCAGUCUACGUAUUCGUUGUCAAGCACUUCACCAAGAAGGACCUGGAUGAGUAUUUCGAAAAGAUCGCAUCUUCACCCCCAGCAAACAAAGAAUACAAGUCCAAUGCUCCGGGCUAUGUUCUCCAUUUCCAUGCCCUUUACGAAAAUUUGAUAAGAUUUGUGACACCCCUUGUUUCUGAACUCCCAAGACCGAACGAAAACAUCCCCGUUUCUGCUUCAACACAUAUCAUUGAUAUUUCGGGAGUCAGCUUGAGACAAUUCUUUGGAAUUAGGAAAUACCUGCAGGAGUCAAGUGAAAUGGUCACAAAGCACUAUCCAGAAACACUUGGUCGAGUCUUUGUGGCUGGUGCUCCGUAUUUCUUUCGAUCUAUUUGGGACGUCAUGAGCCAUUGGUUCGAUCCGGUCACUAGGUCGAAACUCUUCUUGUUGACUUCAUCUGAAGCCAAGUCUACUUUGUUGUCUUAUAUAGAUGCAUCAAAUCUCCCCACGGAAUAUGGCGGUACUCUUGAAUGGGAGUGGAAGGACAUGCCCAAUCUGGAUAAACCCACGCGCGAGUUAGUACAUGAACUCUAUGAGUCGAAUGGCCAGAGCAAUGAAAUUGCGAAGGGGCCGGUAAGCUUUCAAGGUGGCUGUAUCCAACUCCUAGGCACGGUGAAUGGACAAUCUGGAAGGAUUCAGUUUUGUCGCUCUUAG